UAUCUUACUCCCACCGUCACAUAACUAGCAGCCACCCAGAAUUUGUCAGCAUCUUUUCGACGCCUUGACAAUUUCGCGCCCUGCCCCGUCGAUAACUCAAGCAAAAUGGUCAAAGUCUACAAGCCAGGGAAGGUCGCAAUCGUACUACAAGGCAGGCAGGCGGGCAAGAAGGUUGUCGUGAUAAAGCAGCUUGAUGAAGGAACAAAAGAUCGACCAUACCCGCACGCAAUCGUCGCCGGUAUCGAGAGAUACCCUCGCAAAGUCACACGUCGUAUGGGUCAGAAGAAGCUCGCGACAAGGUCAAAAGUGAAACCUUUCAUUAAGGUGAUCAACUACUCGCACCUCUUCCCAACACGUUAUCAACUGGAGCUCGAGUCCUUGAAGGGCUUAGUCUCAGCCGAAACCUUCAAAGAGCCUUCUCAGCGCGAAGACUCGAAGAAGGCCAUCAAAAAGCAGUUGGAGGAGAGAUAUACUGCUGGAAAGAACAGGUGGUUCUUUACCGCUCUUCGGUUCUAGGAAGGUUUUGUUUUGCGUUGGAAUAUGAUCUCCCAUGUGUCACCAUCGUUGACCUUAGAACCGAACAGUGACUGGGGUACACACUCAGUACCAGCUUACUCAGCUUACUGCCUUUGCGU